AUAAGGGCGCGUCCGUUACCUUGACGCAGCCAGUCUUCAGUGCGCCGCCGCCCGGGAAAGCCGAGGAAGGAGGCCGCCGCUUUUGCCACCUUCGCCUGCUCCGCAUUUACUCACCUCGCGCCCCCCGGACAUCUUCCUACCCGCCAUCAUGAGAGAGAUCGUACACUUGCAGGCCGGCCAGUGCGGCAACCAGAUCGGAGCCAAGUUCUGGGAAGUGAUUUCGGACGAGCACGGCAUCGACCCCACCGGCACCUACCACGGAGACAGCGACCUCCAGCUCGAGCGCAUCAACGUCUAUUACAACGAGGCCACGGGUGGCAAAUAUGUCCCUCGGGCUGUGCUGGUGGAUCUGGAGCCUGGCACCAUGGAUUCUGUACGCUCUGGCCCCUUUGGGCAGAUCUUCAGGCCGGAUAAUUUUGUUUUUGGCCAAAGUGGAGCAGGCAACAACUGGGCAAAGGGCCACUACACCGAGGGGGCUGAACUGGUUGACUCCGUGCUGGACGUUGUCCGGAAGGAAGCUGAAAGCUGUGACUGUCUGCAGGGCUUCCAGCUCACACACUCCCUCGGGGGCGGCACUGGUUCUGGCAUGGGCACCCUCCUCAUCAGUAAGAUCCGGGAGGAGUACCCGGACAGAAUCAUGAACACUUUCAGCGUCGUUCCUUCUCCCAAAGUGUCAGACACGGUGGUCGAGCCCUACAACGCCACCCUCUCGGUUCACCAGCUGGUGGAGAACACGGACGAGACCUACUGCAUUGACAACGAGGCCCUCUACGACAUCUGCUUCCGGACCCUUAAGCUGACAACCCCCACGUAUGGGGACCUGAACCACCUGGUGUCGGCCACGAUGAGUGGGGUGACCACUUGUCUGCGGUUCCCGGGGCAGCUGAACGCCGACUUGCGCAAGCUGGCCGUCAACAUGGUCCCCUUCCCCCGCUUGCACUUCUUCAUGCCUGGCUUUGCCCCCCUUACCAGCCGCGGGAGCCAGCAGUACCGGGCGCUCACCGUGCCCGAGCUCACCCAGCAGAUGUUUGACGCCAAGAACAUGAUGGCAGCCUGUGACCCCCGCCACGGCCGCUACCUCACCGUGGCCGCCGUCUUCCGAGGGCGCAUGUCCAUGAAGGAGGUGGACGAGCAGAUGCUGAACGUCCAGAACAAGAACAGCAGCUACUUUGUGGAGUGGAUCCCCAACAACGUCAAGACGGCCGUCUGCGACAUUCCUCCUCGCGGCCUCAAAAUGUCCGCCACCUUCAUCGGCAACAGCACGGCCAUCCAAGAGCUGUUCAAGCGCAUCUCUGAGCAGUUCACGGCCAUGUUCCGCCGGAAGGCCUUCCUCCACUGGUACACGGGCGAGGGCAUGGACGAGAUGGAGUUCACGGAGGCGGAGAGCAACAUGAACGACCUGGUGUCCGAAUACCAGCAGUACCAGGAUGCCACAGCAGAGGAGGAGGGAGAGUUUGAGGAAGAGGCAGAGGAGGAAGCCGCUUAAGGGCCCAGCUCUUACCUGAACACCUGUACAUUAUGUUUAAAGCUGUAAUGAACUUUUAUUAUUCAUGUUGAGCUUGUUCUGUUUCUUUGUUCUACGCUUCCAGUUGCUUCCACCUGGUCUUCUGUCUGAUGCUGUGUGAGCAUUAAAAAAAAAAUUCAUCCUG